AUGAAAUUUUGAUCCUAGGGUACUACUAUAAAAAUGGCGAAAAAGCUCUGCAGUUUUUGAAAAUCGAUACGGUGGCAGUGGAGCUAUCGUCGAAAAACAAAACAAAAAACGGUCAAACUUCGUUUUUCGACAUUUUGAGGCUUCUGACUGAUUUAAGUUUUGGUCGCUGAGGACAGAGCUGGAAUUGUUUUUCGGCGCUCAAAAAAUUGUUUCUUUGUUUAUUUUGUAUAAUUUUUCUUUCAGUUUUAAAGGUUCAGGCGCGACACUAACAAUAGCACCACCAUGCGUCGAACGAUCGAGACUAAAGUACAUCCCAUCGUGUAGGAGACACUCUUGCCAAUUGUGGGGUGUCGAGCGUUGUAAGCAUCGUGUGGGACCCGCAUCAUACUGAUGCGACAACUGUCAGUUGUAUGUCAUAGUUGCACGGUAAGGUAGGUUUCUAGUAUCUUGUCAAGAACUAGGCUAGAAAAUCAAGGAAAACUGAUGCCAAACUUUCCUGUCACUGAAGUAAACAAAGGCCUAACCGACUUGUAUUUGUUCCAUUUUGAAAUGUAAGUUUUCAUGAAGAAUAAAAUGAAUUCAAAUGAAGCUUCCUGUCUAUCUUGCAAGAUAAUAACAGUUAGUUGCCUCACAGGGAUUGGAGCAUAUCUCCUAAAUACUGCAAAAAUUUACAAGGGAAACUCAAAAAUCAUUCUUAGCAUUUUAGGAACAGGAUCUAUUGCCUUAGGUGUUGGCGCCAUAUUUGACUGUUUGCCGUUCAAGGUUGAUGAAUAAAGUGGAAAGGUUUAAAACUGAUAUUUUUAUUUCAUUAUUUUUAUAAAUAAUUUAUUAAUAAGAUGUGAUAUAUUCAUAAAUGUGUUUUUUAUUACAAGUCAC